CGCGAGGACUGCGCACGUGACGAGCUCGUCUGGAGGCAAAAGUACGAACCGAAGGACUUCUACUAAACGAACUGACAGAGCUAGGCAGAUCCACGCAGCCGGUACUAUCUGUCGACAUCACCAAUUUCAGUUGGCGACGACGGCGCGACGCUCGUGUGUCGCGACACGAUUCGUUUACGCGUGCGGGACGCUGAAGGCUGAAGGUCGUGAAACACGUGGACCGGUCACAUAUCUGGAUUGAACAUUGGUGGACAGCAUUACAAAGCGACUGUUGUUUUUGUCAGUUGCGUUUAGGUUGCGUACAGGCGCACUUUGCUCAAUUCCGCCACGUUCUGAUCUGUUGCGUACUUAAUCAGUUUUAGUGUUGGUUGUAAAAACAGUGAUGGUUAUGAUAUCUGCUGGUCUAACUUUGCUGUUUGUUAUCACGGUAGCAAAGGCUCAUUUCGUUGUGACGAAAAGGAGAAUCUACGGAAAACGUUUCGUCGGACUCAGUCAUUUGCGUACUUAGGACUCGAUAGUGUUUGUGUAUAGAACAAAUAAACCUCGUGCUCAUUGCUGUUGUUCUCGUGGAGAAGGUGAUUUCGCAAGAACAUGAACAGGUGGUAAUACAGCGUACUGGGAACGGUCACCGAAAAAGGUUUAAUGAGUGACAGUGUUAAGCAGUAUUAUCGUUAAAUCUAAAAACCGUAAAAUUCGAAAUGUUUUCUUCGAGCCCAUAUUAUGCGCCCACAGGCCAGCAGACAAUGGGUAUGAUGACUCCAGUGCAUCCAAUGGGUGUCAUGGGUGUAGUGGCGCCUCCAACUGCGACGAUCUUGCCAUCCGCGGGGGCAACCCCACCAGGGCCCAAGGAAGGCCCCAAGAAACGCAAGCGGGGGGCGAUCGAGAAGAAACGCCGGGACCGCAUCAACAACUGCCUCAACGAACUCCGCCGUCUGGUGCCCGCAGCUUUUGAGAAGCAAGCUUCGGCCAAACUCGAAAAGGCCGAAAUUCUCCAGAUGACUGUCGAGCAUCUCCGAGGACUCGAAGCCAAAGGACUUGGUGCACUUGCAAAUGAUCCUCAGAAAUUUGCCAUGGACUACCAUCGUGUCGGCUUCAGGGAAUGCGCCUCAGAGGUUGCCCGUUACCUCGUUGCCGUCGAAGGUAUGGAUCUUCAGGACCCUCUACGACUUCGACUGUUGUCACAUCUGCAGUGUUACGGUAACCAGCGAGAGAAUGCACCGUUGCCGAGUUUAACAUCGACACCGACGCCAUCGACAAUAAAGAAUCCGCCAAGUCCUAACGCAACUUGGAACCCCCCGGAAUCACCAAGUCUUCCACCUCACCCGGGAUGCGGACCACAACCUGGUGACAUGGGUGCCUAUGCGCCAUAUUCGUCGCCUACGCCGACGUCGCGUUUUCUUGCGUCUUCACCUCCGCAAGCGUCUCCGACAGGGGGCGCCACUAUGGGCCAGAUGAUGCAUCCGAUGACGGCGCCUAGCCAUCACCCAUACUUUAUUCCGCCCUGUUCCGCCACCUCUGAAGUAAAACCCUACCGUCCAUGGGGAAGUGAAGUCGCGUAUUAAACUGUCUCAGCAGCCUCGAAAGCUUCGUCUGCUAGGUUUCAAGAAAACAUUAUAUAGAUUCGAGGCUUGUCAGUAGUGGAUAAUGUGGAUGGACACGCCAAGCAUGUUCCCAGAGGCAUUGUUGUCGAAGGUCCUGCCGCGAUAAUCCUGCUAUCGCUUAGGGGCUUCGUGUUGAAACUGACUCAUCUAUGGUGAUGAGAACAUUGUGACGAUCUAUGCUUUAUCGUGAGAAGACUUGUGUCUGCAUUUUGUAUAUAGUAUAUACUAUGUAGAUGAGUAGAUUACAUGUGAAUUGAAUGAAGAUAUAGCAUUUACCGCUACUUGAGACGGGCUCAAGAAAUCUAGCUUCUUCGAACUAGCCAUUGAAGAAAAUAAUUCUACCUACUUUUUCGGUCGGUAUUAUAGCUGUGCAGUAACUAUUAUGCUAGAGACAAUGGCAACUAUACACUUUCGGUAUCUUCUCUAAAAUUCAGUUUAUUUUCCCAUAAUACUUCAAAUGUUUUCCUAUCGCAUUAGAUGUCCACGUCAACCCACAACUUACUCGCAUGCGUCAUUAGCAGACCAAUAAGUGCUACAAACCCCGUAAUUUUGCAUUGCUUUUUCAUAUUCCUACAGAGAAAGCCUUGAUAUUUGAUUGGAACUUAUAUUGUUACGCGUAUUUCUUGAUACAAUGGCUGAUAUUUAUUAUUGAGAGGAAUUCUGUCCGUUUAUGCGAAUUUCUUUCUUUAAUAUAGCAGAUGUCUUUUGUGUCGCACUGCUAAAGGGAAAAACUAAAAAAAAAAAACAAACUGUGACGCCAAUGGCGCUCCACACUAGACAGUAUUGCAUUGCUAAUCAACGAGUUGCUAGAGUGCAUGGUUUUAUUACCGAUGUGCGCCAUUGUGGGAGCGCUCCCCUUGAUAUUAGAGAUGUAGCAAGCUAAUAAGUCAAUGUCUGACCAUUAAAAUUAGUGAAGUUAAAUAUUGAAAAUUAAAUACUUAUUUAACUUGCUCAACCGCACGGCAAGGCUGGAUGGCUUUGGCUAUGAGAGAUUGCGCAAUCAAUUCAGCAACACCCACCCUUAGUCAGUGCACUGUGAUAUUUAACUUAUAGCUCAAAUGGAUUUAUUUACAUAUGGAUACUUUUUGAAGCGAUGUACGUAUACACACACGAAUAG